AUGAGUUACUCUGCUUCGCAAUCGAGCAUGUCUCAGCUCAACACCACUUUUGACCCUGACUACGAUUCCUUCCUCAAUAUCGAGAAUGACUUCACACCUGCAACGACCUCUCCAGACAUCAAGUCAGUCCCCAUGCUGACCCCUCAAUCAUCCAUCCCAGGCUCUGCAACCUUUGCUACGAGCUCGACUCCUACCACGUUCCCGGGACCAAGCUUUCAGUACGAUCGGUACCACCAACAGACUGGCAUCCCUAUUGGCGCCCUUGCCAGCACUUUCAACAUCAACAAAGCGACCGGGCUACAAUACCAUGAGGGAAAUGGAGGCUUUAUUAUGCCCACCGAGACUCUGAACAUGCCAUUGAGUGACUUGGACGACUUCGACUUCUCCCGCAAUCCAGCUGAUAUGGAUUUCGAGACGGAUUCGCCAAACGGUCUUCCAGCCCUGUUCUAUCCUGACGCAGCAUCGGGUCCGGCUCAAUUCGUUAGCCCGACCACAUUGGUGGCCCAGAACAACACCGCUUCUACCCCCAUCAAACGAAUCUAUCCCGGAAUGCACAGUCAGCAGGCGGCUCAGGCCAAGGCCCAGCAGGCUCAAAAGCAGGAACAGAUGGCACGACAACAGCAACAUCCGCCCCAGACCCAGAAACCUCUCCCGGGUCCAUCACCGGCUAAGGCUCAGCCGCCCAAAGACCCCCUUGUUGAAGAAAGCAUCUCCAAAGUCUUGAAUCGGAUGAGGCAAGCCAGUGCUGUCUCCAUGUCCGAUGAGGACAGCUCCCCCUUGACUGGAAUGUCCAAUAUGCCUCGCAUCAAGAAGGAUGAAGAUGACAUGGACGAGGACGAACGUCUCCUGGCCAGCGAGGAAGGGAAGAAGUUGUCUAGCAAGGAACGUCGCCAACUCAGGAACAAAGUUUCUGCCCGUGCAUUCCGUUCCAGAAGAAAAGAAUACAUUUCUCAACUGGAAGGAGAAGUUGCUGCCAAAGCUCAGGAGGCCACUGAUUUGCGUGCUCAGAACCAACAACUACGGGAGGAGAACAACCGUCUCACCGACCUUACUCGGAUGUUGCUCUCAUCACAGGCCUUUUCCGGGUUCUUACAUGAGCUCAGCCAGAGUGGCCUACCGGCGCCGAACGUCCAGGGCAACCCUCAGCAGCAAAAAACUGUUCAGAACAAGCCCCAGCCCCAGCCUGUCAAGAAGGACGUCAGCUCAGAUGAGGCUGCUCACAACAUGCAUCUUCAGCAGCCUCAAGUUGGAAUGGCCCUAAUUCCAGACACACCAGUUGAUUUCUCUGCCCUUCAACCGGCCAAUGGCUGGCUGAAUGCUCUCCCCACCAACGACUUCCAAGUCUAUGCCGUCACCAGCUUACCGGAACUCCCUGUUCUGGAUAUCGAAAGUCUAUCAGGAAAGCCCAAAUCAAGCCAGGGCUCAAGUAAGGGGUCAAAAGACACACCCCGUAUUCCCGAUCUCCCGGCUGAAGUGGCAAGUCACACGGCAACGGCAACGACUCAAGUUGAUGAAUCUGUCCCUCUCGACAGAGAGAGCUUUGCAUUGUACUUCGAUCCACCGGUCUCUCCCGAUGAAUUUUCUAUGUCAGAUUGUACGGAGCAGGAUACGGAACUUUCUGAUGAGGAAAAGGCGGCUAACUUGGAAUCAUUGUGCCACGAUCUUGACGAGACUUGUGACAAGGUCGCGCAGCACAUGUCGCAUAUGAGAUGA